ACUUGGAGAAGUGCAAGCUUAAUUAGCUCAACCCAACAUCCCAUUCAAACAACUCCACCAGAAAAUUUCAGCGUUCCCUUCCAAUUUCCUUGCACCAGCCUCUUCUUCUUCUUUUUCAGAUUCAACACAAAGUAAGCAGCAAAAUCUGCUCCACCGCAGACCUUACCAACACAUGGGUCCGUUACCGCCGCCUUCGUUUUCCCCUUUUCUGUUCAUGUUUUUUGUUCUUCUCUUGCUUGUGGGUUCAGUACCCGACUCUGUGCACUACGGGAACGAGACCGACCGACUAGCCUUACUAGCAUUCAAGGCUGAGAUCACUGGCGAUCCCCUCAGGGUACUGAGCUCUUGGAAUGGAUCCGUCCACUUCUGCCAAUGGGUUGGUGUAACAUGUGGCCGUCGACACCAGAGGGUCACAAGGUUAAUUCUUAGUUAUGCAAAACUAACAGGGUCCAUUUCGCCUCACAUUGGAAAUUUAAGUUUCCUUAUGAUCUUAAGCUUGAAAAACAAUAGCUUGAGCCAUGACAUCCCCCAACAAAUUGGCAACUUACGCAGACUGAAAUUCAUGACACUGUAUAAUAAUUUAGUUACUGGUGAAAUUCCUGCCAAUCUCUCUCGUUGCUCUAAUCUUGUUGACCUUGAGUUUACUGCAAACAGGCUAACGGGAAAAAUUCCAACCGAGCUCGGUCGCCUAUCUAAACUCAAGCGAUUGUAUGUUGGAAAAAACAAUCUAACAGGAGGUAUGCCUCCAACUAUUGGUAAUCUAUCAUCUCUAAUAAACCUCUUAAUAACCUUUAAUAGUAUUGGUGGGAAGUUACCUGAUGGUCUAGGCCGAUUGACAAACUUGGAAAUUUUUGCAAUAGGGGACAACAAGUUCGUCGGUACAAUCCCUUCCUCGUUAUUUAAUAUCUCUUCCAUUACGGUUUUCGACAUCGGAGGGAACCAAAUCCAAGGGAUUCUUCCCUUGAACCUAGGAACUUCACUUCCUAAUCUCGAGUUCCUUGGAGUUGGUUCAAACUUGUUGACUGGAUCCAUUCCUAGUUCAAUAUCUAAUGCCACCAAUCUAUAUUAUCUUGGGCUGCCAAACAACAACCUUAGUGGGAAAAUGCCUUCUUUGGAUAAGGUGUGUAAUCUUCAGUGGUUAAUUGCUGGUUUUAAUCAUCUAGGAACAGGCGAAGCGGAUGACUUGAGUUUUCUCUCCUCUUUGAUCAAUGCCACUGAAUUGAAUGCGUUUGAGCUGAGCAGCAACGGUUUUGGAGGCGUGUUUCCUGAAGCAAUUACCAAUUUCUCCAUUCGUCUUAGUACCAUAUACUUGGGGGACAAUAACCUGUAUGGGAGCAUCCCAAGAGGGAUCGGGAAUCUGGUAAAUUUGCAACUACUUGAAACACAGAACAACCAUUUGACAGGUAACAUUCCUGCUGAUUUUGGGAAGCUUCAAGACCUGCAUCAAUUGUUUAUCGGAGGUAAUAGAUUCUAUGGUGACAUCCCAUCCUCUUUCGGAAACUUAUCCUUGUUACUAACUCUAGAUCUAUCCGAAAAUAAUCUUCAGGGAAGCAUCCCGUCGAGUUUGAGCAAAUGCCAGAUGUUGAUGGAGCUUACGCUCGCCAAAAAUAGUCUUAGUGGCACCAUACCCAAAGGAGUUAUUAGUCUCUCAUCAUUGUUUUCUCUAGACCUAUCUCAUAACAACUUGACUGGUGUCAUCCCCUUGGAAAUCGGGGUUUUAAAAAAUCUUGUAACACUAAAUGUUUCUGAGAAUUUGUUGGUUGGUAAUAUUCCAAGCAGCCUUGGUAGUUGUGUGAAAUUGGCAUCUCUUAAUUUGAAGGGCAACAAGUUCUGGGGAGUCCUUCCAUCAACUUUGAGCCAAUUGAGAGGCUUGGAGGAUCUAGACAUUUCUAUAAAUGAUUUCUCGGGAAAAAUCCCAGACUAUUUAGAGGGCUUUCAUUUCUUACAAAAACUAAAUAUAUCAUUCAAUGAUUUUGAUGGAGAAGUACCAAAACAAGGCAUAUUUACGAUUGCGGCAGCUAUUUCUGUUGAGGGAAACAAGAAGCUUUGUGGUGGUAUACCUGAUUUAAAACUACGCAAUUGCCAAUCCAAGGGAUUCACAAGGAAGAAAUUUACUCAAGUUGUGAAGUUGGUACUCCCAUCGUCCUUUGGGCUUGUAUGUCUACUUUUAAUGAUAUAUUUCGUGUAUCUUCGUUGGUUUAAAAAGAAAACAGAGGUACGAUCUUUCAGCUUUUUUGGCCACUCGUUUCCUAUGUUGUCUUAUCGGAGUCUAUUAAAAGCGACCAACGGAUUCUCUUCAGCCAAUCUAAUCGGCAUGGGUAGUUUUGGUUCGGUGUACAAAGGAAUUGUUGAUCUUGAUCAAAGUGAAAAACUAGUCGCUGUGAAGGUGUUAAACCUUCAAUCCGGGGGAGCUGCCAAGAGCUUCAUUGCCGAGUGUAAGGCCUUAAGGAGCAUCAGACAUCGGAAUCUUGUACAUGUCCUCACUGCAUGUUCAAGUGUUGACUAUAAAGGUGACGAGUUCAAGGCUCUGGUUUACGAUUUCAUGGUUAAUGGGAGCCUAGAGGAGUGGUUGCAUCCAAAUGAGAAAGAAGAUGAUGCACACAAUAAGUCGCAGAGUUUAAACCUUCUAAAGAGGUUAAAUAUUGCGUUUGAUGUUGCUUCUGCACUUUUUUAUCUUCACCACCAUUGCUCAGAACCAAUAGUUCACUGUGACUUGAAACCGAGCAACGUUCUUCUUGACGAUGAAAUGGUUGGACAUGUAGGUGAUUUUGGGUUAGCUAGAUUCCUUGUAGAUGCGACAUGUAUUGCUUCUGCAAAUCAAUCAAGUUCUAUUGGCUUACGUGGGUCAUCCGGUUAUGCAGCUCCAGAGUAUGGCAUGGGACAUGAAGUAUCAACGUCAGGUGAUAUGUACAGUUUCGGUAUUCUCUUAUUGGAGAUGUUCACAGGGAAGAGACCAACAGAUGCCAUGUUCGAGGGUAGUCUGACUCUCCACAACUUUGUUAAGAUGGCUAUGGCUGAACAAGUAGCAAACAUUGCUGAUCCAACAUUGUUUCAACAAGUAGUAAUGGGAGAGGCAAGCUCAAGCAUCAACAACUCUCAGAAUCAAAGCCCAGCUAGCAUUCACGAAGUCCAGGAGUGUUUGACUUCAAUACUUAAAGUGGGAAUAGCUUGUUCAGAAGAACUACCAAGAGAUCGACCGGAUAUCAAAGAUAUCGUUACUCAGUUGCAUGUCAUCAAGAACACUCUUCUCGGAGUUAGAGUACACGGAGGAAUUAAUGAACGCUAGUAUUGCAGCUUGAUCAUGUGCAGGUGCUUAAGGUUUGGUACGGGUCUUGAAGGUAUCUGUCAAGAGUACAACUUUGUGAUGCUGCAUAUUGCUUUGGGUACGCAUUAUGCAUGCUAGUUUGUUGUUCAAUUUCUGCAUUUUUUUUUCCAAGUUUAUGUUCCUCUUGUGUUUUUAGUUUGUUUCAAGCAUGAGAAUUUUCUCAUUUAAAUGUACUAUAAAACUUACAUGCAUGUUAAGUGGGACUUCAAUAGCAUAUAUGAGCAAAAUGUAAUUGUUUCUUGUCA